UCAUUUAUUUAGCAACACAGAAAUUAUUAGUAAUUUGCAGCAAGCUUUUGAUCUACACAAAGAGAUGGCAGGAAUAGCAUUUAAUGGAUGCAAUAUGCCUAUUGUAAGCAAGUUGUACUGUGCCUCUUCUCAAGUUCUUCUUCUCGUAAGGGAAAGGCCUCAUGUAGUGAGUGGUGGAGGUUUUGUAGUCACAGAUUGCAGCCAGAAGGUUGUUUUUAGAGUUGAUGGGUGUGGAGUUGUUGGCAAAAAAGGGGAGCUGAUUCUGCGAGAUUGUGAUGGAGAACCUUUGCUUCUUAUCCGUCGAAAGCAGGGAGGGUUGGUUCAGGCUCUAAGCAUUCAUAGGAAGUGGAAAGCUUACACUUCCGACUACGAAGGAUCACAAAAGCUUGUUUUCAGCUUGAAGGAGCCAAACUCCUGUUUGGCAAGGAACAACACAAUCAGGGUCUCCGCUGAACCCAGAAUAAGCAAAAGAGCUUUUGACUGGGACUUGGAGAUCAAAGGUUAUUUCCCUGACAGAGAUUGUAGCAUUGUUGACUACUCAGGCAACAUUGUUGCUGAGAUUGGAACGAGGAAGGAAGUAACAGAGGUGAUGACAAGCAAGGAUCUGUAUCAUGUAGUAGUGAAACCUGGCAUUGAUCAGGCUUUUAUUUUCGGAGUCAUUGCCGUUCUUGAUUACAUUUAUUGUGAGUCCACGAGGUGCUGAUCAUGCAGAAACCACACAAGAAUGAAGAUGUACUUUUUGUUUUUUUUUUUUUUUAAUUUUUUUUAUAAGCAAGGGAGAUGUAAUUUGAUUAAUUAAAGUUGUAAUUUGUCACAUUUAGCGAAUGAGAUUUGUAAAUUUAUGAAGUUGAUUAAACGUGCUUUGUUUUAAUCAGACACGCUUUGUAUAUAUAGUAUUUUAAAUUGUAAGCUUUCUUCUUGAAUGUGGAAUUGAAUAGAUCGGGAUCUUGCUUA